AUUAUUGUCUCAGUGCAGUUGUCAGUUGCAGUUCAGCAGACCGGCUAGCGAGUACUUGCAUCUCUUCAAAUUUACCUAAUUGAUCAAAUCGAAAGAGCCUGCUAAAACAACAUGGCAUUCACCUUGACCAACAAGAACGUCAUUUUCGUGGCCGGUCUGGGAGGCAUUGGCCUGGACACCAGCAAGGAGCUGGUCAAGCGUGAUCUGAAGAACCUGGUGAUCCUCGACCGCAUUGAGAACCCGGCCGCCAUUGCCGAGCUGAAGGCAAUCAAUCCAAAGGUGACCGUCACCUUCUAUCCCUAUGAUGUGACCGUGCCCAUUGCCGAGACCAGCAAGCUGCUGAAGACCAUCUUCGCCAAGCUGACGACCGUCGAUGUCCUGAUCAACGGAGCUGGUAUCCUGGACGAUUACCAGAUCGAGCGCACCAUUGCCGUCAACUACACUGGCCUGGUCAACACCACGACGGCCAUUCUGGACUUCUGGGACAAGCGCAAGGGCGGUCCCGGUGGCAUUAUCUGCAACAUUGGAUCCGUGACUGGAUUCAAUGCCAUCUACCAGGUGCCCGUCUACUCUGGCACCAAGGCUGCCGUGGUCAACUUCACCAGCUCCCUGGCGAAACUGGCCCCCAUCACCGGCGUGACCGCUUAUACCGUGAACCCCGGCAUCACCCGCACCACCCUGGUGCACAAGUUCAACUCCUGGCUGGAUGUUGAGCCCCAGGUGGCCGAGAAGCUCCUGGCUCAUCCCACCCAGACCUCGUUGUCCUGCGCCGAGAACUUUGUCAAGGCCAUCGAGCUGAACGAGAACGGUGCCAUCUGGAAACUGGACCUGGGCACCCUGGAGGCCAUCCAAUGGAGCAAGCACUGGGACUCCGGCAUCUAAAGAAGUGAUACACCCAAGAAGCACAUAGCAUUAGUUCAUAGGGUUCUGCGAACCAAGAGAUAUUCACGCAAGGCAAUAAGGCUGAUUCGAAGCACACUCACAUUCUUCCCCUAAUACGAUAAUAAAGCUCUCCAUGAGAAGUAUGGAAAAACUAUAUGAAAAUUGAGAAAUCCGAGUAUUUGAUAAGCCCUCUACUUAAUUAAAAUAGAUAAAUGGGAGUGGCUGGAACGGCAGGAAUGGCGGAGCUAGCCCAGUUCCUCCCGCCAAUCAGUCGUAAAACAGAAGUCGUGGAAAGCGGAUAGAAAGAAUGUUCGAUUUGACGGGCAAGCAUGUCUGCUAUGUGGCGGAUUGCGGAGGAAUCGCACUGGAGACCAGCAAGGUUCUCAUGACCAAGAACAUAGCGAAACUGGCCAUUUUACAGAGUGUGGAAAAUCCUCAAGCCAUCGCACAGCUGCAGUCGAUAAAGCCGAGCACCCAGAUAUUUUUCUGGACCUACGACGUGACCAUGGCAAGGGAAGAAAUGAAAAAGUACUUUGAUGAGGUGAUGGUCCAAAUGGACUACAUCGAUGUCCUGAUCAAUGGAGCCACGUUGUGCGAUGAGAACAACAUCGAUGCCACCAUCAACACAAAUCUAACUGGCAUGAUGAACACUGUGGCCACGGUGUUACCCCAUAUGGACAGAAAAAUGGGAGGAUCUGGUGGGCUUAUUGUGAACGUUACCUCGGUCAUUGGAUUGGACCCCUCGCCGGUUUUCUGCGCCUAUAGUGCAUCCAAGUUCGGUGUGAUUGGCUUUACCAGAAGUCUAGCGGAUCCCCUUUACUAUUCCCAAAACGGGGUGGCUGUCAUGGCGGUUUGUUGUGGUCCCACAAGGGUCUUUGUGGACCGGGAACUAAAAGCCUUUUUGGAAUACGGACAAUCCUUUGCCGACCGCCUGAGACGAGCUCCCUGCCAAUCGACUUCGGUUUGCGGUCAGAAUAUUGUCAAUGCCAUCGAGAGAUCUGAGAAUGGUCAGAUAUGGAUUGCGGAUAAGGGUGGACUGGAGUUGGUCAAGUUGCACUGGUACUGGCACAUGGCCGACCAGUUCUUGCACUAUAUGCAGAGCAAUGAUGAAGACGACCAAGAUUAAAUUCGAAUCAAAUAAAAUAAUGCUCUACGCAAAAAG